CUCCGCGCACCGUCGAGCCGUACGUGGAUCGCCCGGGGAGGCAGCUAGAAGCUAUCGCUUGUGAGAUUUAUCUGCCAUCCUCCCGGCCUGCCUGCCUCGCUUCUCUCUCUCUCUCUCUCUCUCUCUCUCUCUCUUUAUGAUUCUCACCUACCUAUGGUGCAAACCGAACAACCCAGCCCGCACCUGUGCGACGCUCGCCCCUGAUAUCGACGCUCGGGCUCCGUCGCCCGCAUCGCACCACGGACCAUGACACCCGCGAUACUGCCGCGGCCGACCAGCCGCCACGCGCUGGUCCUCGCGCUGCUCGUCGCCGCGCUCGGCGCGCUCGGCGCGCUCGUAUGGCGGGCCGCGCCCCCGCAUCCCCUCGCCGCGCUACUAUCGCCGUCCCUCGACGCCGCCGCGCCCGCGCCGCCGGCGCGCCCCGGGGACGGCCGCACGGCCCCCUUCGUCUGCCGGCCGCACGCGUACACGGCGGAGAUCAUCUCGGUGGACCCGGUGGUGCUCUACCUGCGGGGGUUCGUGUCGGGGGCGGAGAUCGCGGCGCUGCUGGGGGCCGGGGCGGCGGCGGGGUUCGCGCCGUCGCGCGUGCAGCAGCCGGGGGCGGGGGGGGGAGGGGGCCGCGACCGCAGCGGCACGGCCGGCCGCACGUCGGCGUCGGCGGCGCUGCCGCCGGGCCACCCGGCCGUGCGCUGCGUGCUCGCGCGCGCGGCGCGGCUGCUCGGCCCGGCGCUGCGCGCGCCCGGCGACGCGCCCGCGCCCCAGCUCGUGCGCUACGCCGCCGGCCAGCACUUCGGGCCCCACCGCGACUGGUUCCCGCGGCCGCAGCGGCCGCGCCCCGCCGCCGCCCGCCCCUGGAACCGCGUCGCCAGCUUCUUCGCCGUCCUCGAGGACGCCUGCGCCGGCGGCGAGACCUGGUUCCCGCGCCUCGCGGCGCCGGCGCCGCUCUCGGCCGGGCCAGAGGAGAAGGAGAAGGAGGAGGAGGAGGAGGAGGAGGUGGGAGGGCACCGAGAGAGGCCCCUCUGGCGCGCCCACGAGGACGGCGGCCUCGCCUUCCGCCCCGUCGCCGGCAACGCCCUCUUCUGGGUCAACUUGUUCGCCAACGGCACCGGCGACGACCGCACCGUCCACGCGGGGCUCCCCGUCGAGGCCGGCGUCAAGACCGCCAUGAAUAUCUGGCCGCGGAGGUACUACGACUGAAGGGCCGGGAGCGCCGGUAGCGUGCGGGCGGAAGAAAGGGGUUGUCGAGGAGAGAGGGGAAGGGGAGGGAGAGGUGGCAGAGCGGCGGUGCGGGUGUCGUCGGGUCGAGUCGGUUCGCGAGGGUAGGCACGGCGAAUGUGAACGUGUUGCGUGUGCUUUCGGCUCCGGCAAGAAGUUCCUCGUUGCUAAUUAGUACAUAUGUCUGGCGGUUCCUGUGCGUGGUUUGUUUACGUGCUUCGUGUCUUGCUGGCGGUGGCCGCUGCUCGUCUUUGGGCGCUAGUACGUAUCGCACCCGACUCUUCGGGGUCCAGUCGCCUAUAGAAUCGGUAUCGACAACGACUUCUUGAUAUUUUGACACGAAAGCUGUAGUUUAAACACGCAGUGAAUGCC